GAUUUUUACAUACAGAAAUGGUGCGAAUUAAAAAUCGUUACAUUGUAGUGCGAAUAGUACCCGAGGUACCUGCAAAAGUAUUAAAUUUCCAUGAUGCUGUGAUUGCCAAAUGUAUCCUAAACCAUGUGAAGAAAUUCUACGGCGACUAUGGACUAGGCACUGUUGAGCAAGGAUUUCGCGUGAAAUAUUGCAAUGAACGGACAAAAGUGACUAUAAUUAGAUGCUUACAUCGAUCACAUCGCGUUGUAACUAGCACUUUACCCUUAAUAACAAUGAUAGGAGACGUUCGGGCGAAAUUUCAUACUCUUUACACUGGCGCAACUAUAAUUCAGUGUAACAAAUUCAUAAUCAAUCACCAGCAGCGAUUUUUGGACGAAAUGGUUGGGCAAAUUGCAUCUGCGAAGGAGCGGAAGGAGUUCAUUAAACGUGUUAUGGAGUUCGAUUUAGAACAAUAAUUUGUAUCCUUCUCUGUCAAACAAUAAAUAGAUCAAGUUCAAAAGUGUAAUUAAUUUAAAAAUACGCUUUACGUGUAUUUCAAUAAAUUUUGGUUCGCACUUAAGUUGUGACUGCAAAA